UGUGUAAAUACCUCUAUGGUAAACACCUACGCAUGUGGAUAGGACUGCGUUUGGGUUUGUACAUGUGAGGAGCAAGCCAUGGCUCAAACACAAAACAUUAUCAAGAAAACCUCUUCUAGAGACUUGUUGACCUGUGGCAACGGAAAAGGAAUCCAUGAGAAACUUCUGUUGAGCUCUAAAAGUGCUUCGCUCCAGACAGAAAGGGUCUCGAGAAGUAGUGUCUUGGAUAAAUUGGAGAGUUUCCUUCCCCAAAUGGCCCAGGCCAAUGAGUCCCUAAGACAUCAGAUGGACGAGGCUCCCACUGGUUUCUUUGACAUCGAGUGUGUGGAGAACGCAGAGAAAGUCAUUGAGAUGGAUGUGGCUCUGGUUGAGCUUGAGGAAUCAGACAGCAGCGAAGAGUCGUCAUCAUCAUCAUCUUCAUCAUCAUCUGAGGAAGACAGCUCAGAGGAAGAGGUGCAAACUGUCACUGCAAAGACACUCAAACUUCCAGGAGACAGAAAGAAAAAGGCCAACAUACAGGUGUUGGAGAAAGAGGCCAAGUGAGAGAGCACAUACUGUCCACUGGAACUCUGGGAGACUCAAGCCAGGACAUUUCUGUGCCUAUGGAUAAAAUGCAUGACCAUAUCAAGUCUGUUUUUGUUUGGGAUGAGCACAGACCAGUGAUUUUAUGUCCUGUUGAGCUGGCAAACUCAUAUGAGGAACAUUUCAUUUAAUUUUGGAGAUGUUUUAUCAAGGGGAGGGACUACAGUCUCAGUUGAAUAUACUUGAACAAAAUUAUGCAUUACCUAUACAAAGUAAAAGUUCUGUUUCAUUCAAAAUAAUCUUAAAACCACAAAGUUUUGCAAUUUCCGCUCUUUAUUGUAAACAGGGUUUCCCAACGCUCCUUUAAUAUAGUUUGUAGUUGAUGUAAAGUUAAAACACUUGUUUAUGUUUGACAAUAUGACACAUCCUGUGUGAUUGACAGCUUAUA